AUGCUGAAGGAAGAUUUCGUGGAGUUCCUCCCGGAGGCGACGAAAGAGCCGAAGGUGGUCACGGUCAGUGAGGAGGAUGAGCUCAAGGCUAUUGAGUUAGCCGCUCGGGAGAACUUGGACAGGCUGAUGACGCUGGCGCCGGAGAUUGGCAAGCUCAAGGCCCACUACGCCGAGAAGGGCCUUGAGAAGCCAGAAAUUGUCAUUGGGAGACCGUCCGAAGCGCUGCAG